AUGACGGCUGUCAAUAUUACCCUGGUUCGUGAUACCAAGUGGCUGACUUUAGAAGUCUGUAGAGACUUUCAGAGAGGAACUUGCUCUCGAGCUGAUGCUGAUUGCAAGUUUGCCCAUCCACCAAGAGUUUGCCCUGUGGAAAAUGGUCGUGUGAUAGCCUGUUUUGAUUCUCUGAAGGAUCGGUGUACCAGAGAGAACUGCAAGUACUUUCAUCCUCCUGCACACUUAAAAACGCAGCUGGAAAUUAAUGGGCGAAACAAUCUGAUUCAACGGAAGACUGCCGCCGCCAUGUUCACCCAGCAGGUGCCGUUUAUGUUCCCACACCCUCAGAUGCCUGCAUUUAAUCCUUAUCCUGUGAAUCCAACACUGGGAGCUAAUCCUCCCAUGGCUUUCAAUCCUUACUUACCUCAUCCUGGGAUGGGCAUGUAUCCUCCGGAAGUGAUGCAAAAUGCACCUAUUGUGAUUCCUGGAAACCCACCUCUGACAUUGCCAGGAGCUGCUGGUCCCAAACUGAUGCGUUGUGAUAGGCUGGAGGUCUGCCGAGAGUUUCAGCGUGGAAACUGUACCCGUGGUGAGAAUGAUUGCCGCUAUGCUCACCCUACUGAUGCAUCCAUGAUCGAAGCAAGUGAUAAUACCGUGACCAUCUGCAUGGAUUACAUCAAAGGUCGAUGCUCCCGGGAGAAAUGCAAGUACUUUCAUCCUCCUGCACACUUGCAAGCCAAACUCAAAGCGGCUCAUCACCAGAUGACCCAUUCAACUGCCAAUGCAACAGUAAGGGCCCUCCAACCUGGUGCAAUGCAAAUGAUACCAAAGAGACCAUCACUUGAAAAGACCAAUGGUGCCACCCCGGUCUUUAAUCCUAGUGUUUUCCACUGCCCGCAGCCUAUGGCUAACAUGCAGCUCCCGCAGCCGGCAUAUAUCCCCGCAGGGCCAAUGCUGUGCAUGGCACCCACUUCAAACAUUGUGCCCAUGAUGCACGGUGCUACACCUACCACUGUGUCUGCAGCAACACCACCUGUCACCAGCAUCCCCUUCGCUGCAACAACCACUGGCAAUCAGUGGAAAUUCUGAACAGCAGAGUCAUGGAGUAUCGGAAUCUCUGCGUGAGAAGCUCUAUAUGGCCUUUCUAUAUAUAUUCUAGUAUGUCCUCUUCUACCAACUCAACAAUAGGUGUGGUGCAGUCAAUAUAUUAAGCAAAAUACACUUACCAACAAUUAACAUCAAAAUCCAAACAUUAAAUUCAAUGUCCAUGUUAACAAAAUGUGAAUGGAAAAACUACCAUUUUCUUAUUUGAAUAUAUCAAGUAUAAUGUGACCGUUCAAUUUUACAGUUUAUGUUACCCUUUCUCAUGUUUCAGCAACCACUGUGCUGAGUGCGUCUUCAAAGCGGGUUGUUGGUUUACUGUGCAUUCUUGGUGGAAAAAAAUAUUGGUUUGAUUAUGAAGUGUUACUCUUUUGUUUACAUGAUAGGCUAUUAGGUUAAUUUAGAAGUAUCUAAUGUCUCCAAUACCAUUUUCCUUUUAUUCUACUAAAUUGUGUUGUGUUAUGGUAGAUGUGCUGUGUUUGAUUGAAACUAAAAUGUUACUGAUGGGAAACAAAAACAUGUGCUUGAAAAAACAUGAGAGGUUAAUGUUUGUAUGUUUUCCCUUUUGGAUAUUUCUGUAAGUUUCUUGGGGCAGACGUUUAAAAGGCCUCACUUGCUGAGUGUAUACAACUGUUUGUAAACAUGCAUGUAUAUAAUUUGUACCUGUAGAUCUGGCUUUGUAACGUAAGAACACCUUGCUAGAUUUUUUUUGGCGGGGGGGAUGGUGAGAGAGAUAUAAUUACCUGCACAAAACAGUGUCACCCUUAAAACCCCAACCUCUAAUUUCACUCCCUUUAAAUAGCUCCUUGAUUUUAAAAAUGAAGAAUUUACCUUUAAAUCAACUUGUCAACAUUUAUCUUGAAAUUAUGCUAAGGGCUCAUUACAGUUUUUUGUGGCUCAAGGAUUCUAUCUCCUUGGAUGAGUGUCUAAAACUUAGCCUUUUGAAAUUGUCAGCAGAGAAAUGAGCACUUGGAGUCUUUUAAAGGUAUGCUAAUUGCGGGUUCUAAAUUACACAGGGAGAUGGAGAAAUGGCGCUCAUUUUACAUAUUAGAAAGCCUGUGCACACCAUCGCACUGUCACCUUUUACAGAGGGCCAGGUUCUAAAUGCAAUGGCUCAGCAUUUUUAGACUACUCUUUGAAUAAUAAGUAAGAGACAAUCUAGUAAAAGUCAUACAGAGUGAAUGAGAAUUGGUUCCAAAUGAGGCCUUUCCUCCUUUAAACGGACAAUCUGCACUGUUGAUCACAGAUGUAACUUGACAACAGGUUUGGAGAAAUGAACGAGAGAGAAGGUAGGGUGGCAUUGAAACUGUCCUUUAAUUUAUCCCGGAACUCUAGAAAGGGUUAUCCCUACUGAGUUUUGGGAACCCUACUGGUGAAAGAGCAAGUGCCAGUGAUAUAUGGCAAGUGGAUCCCUGCCCAAACUUCAUACCUAUCAGAAUCUCCCCAACCAUAACCAAGCCUCCUAUUUUGUUUAAACGUUUCCAUUUAUCUGUCUAUGUGCUUGAAAAUUAGCAUAGAGAGGCUGUUAGCACCCUUUGGAUGAGACAAAGUGGCUGCACUCCUUAUAGGGGAGCUGAAUUCCCAUUAGGAAUAUCUGUAGAGUAACGUUGCCACCCAGGAAAAUGGUAAUCGAUCAGUGCCUGUGCCAUGUGGCAGACCUCAUCCACUCUACUCAGUUAUGAAAAGUUACUAUUGUUAUAAAGUGAAAACAUAUAUUUUACAAGACAGUAGAUAAAUUUACUAUUUUAUACUAAAUAUAUAUUCUCUCACUAGAAUGUGUAAAAUCAUCAAACUUAAUAGGUUUGUUUUUCUCCUUAAAAAAAUGAUAAUCAAAGAAAACUAUAUGAUAUAUGGUACCUACAGCCAGCUUGUUGUAUUCAAAUCACAGAACAAUGGACACCUUUUCACCGAUGGUGUGAGGGAGGCCCAGGGUAUGUGACUUGCUCCAGGCUACCUAGCUAGUUGGUGGAAGUUGGUCCCAGUGUUUCUUGACUCCCAGUUGUUACAGCAUUUCACUAGUGCUUCAGAGCAUUUGAGACUCCACUCCACAGCUCAUUGAUUUGGCUCAGAAUACAAGAGUGCGGAAUGAGCGUUUUGACAGUUGAGAUCCUGGUGAUCUUAACCAUCAAGCAAAUCAUCAAAAGUGAUCUUGCUUAUACCAAGCCACGGUCAUCGAUUAGCAGUAUUGCCUGGAGUUAAGAGAACUCAGAAGUGUCUUAACCUUUACCUGUUGAUGGCUUUGAAUCACAUUAUUUCUAGUUCCCUAAAUCUUAGCAAUGUUAUAGAAGAAAGUAGAGUCCACCUUUUAUAAACUACUUGUGUAUGGAACUGAAUUUUAUAUAACAUGUGCCAGUGCCUCUCCAAAGGUCAGAUCUGAUCACCAGAAUACAGGCAGGAUGCACCUGAGCUCCCCUGGAUGUGGUCCUUAAUGGAGAUGAGAAAGUUUUCAGUGCAAAAUGAAAUGUUGAGUACCCUGACAUUUUGAUACAAUGUCCUAUUUCUUUCACCUGUUUGAACUUGUGAAAGCGCUCUACAUAGAUCUUAAACCUAGAGUACAGCAGUUUUCAUAUUGCACUGGAAACCAUUAAUAAUGACUUAUUUUUCAGUAAGAGGUACAGUGAGAGGAGCUCAAAAUAGUUGUAUUUUUGGUGCCACUUUUUUUACAUUGUUGGCAUCUUUGUAGAGGGAUUUAAAGAAAGAAAGUUCUAAGCACUAAAGUUUGGGUGCAAUUUAAGAGAAUUUUGACAAAAAAGUUUUAAGGUUGCAAGCACUCUUUAAACAAGUGGUGCAAUGACAUUCAAAUUUUCUUUAUGCAAGUAAAGAAGAUAAGUCAUUAGACUAUAAAUAUUCAGUUAAAAAACAAGUCACAAAAGUAAUCGGUUAGUGACUCUAAACAAUGAUUUAAUAAUUGAAUUGUAUAUAUAUACAAAAUUCCAAUCACUUAAUUCUUAGCAUGGUAUAAGCUUUCUCUUCUCUGUAGUCCUUUAUUUUUAGUCAUCCAAAGUUUUUUGUUUUGUCUUUUUUUUUGGGGGGGGGGGGGUGUUUCCAGUUCUCUCAGCCUUUUGUAAAAAACGCAAGAAUGAUGAAACCUGGAUAAAACAUCCAACAUACAAAACAAGGAAUCUAAAAGUUAUCAUUUAAAGGGAUUUAAUGAUAUCCAUUAAAUAAUAAAGCAGUGCGUGGCCAUCAUAUCUUAAAGAGGGAUUUAAAUGAAAGUAAAAUCAAGUGGAUUCAUAAAAUUGCUAUUUCAAUACAGUAUUUCCCUUUUGAAACUGGAGCAUGAUUCCACAACCAGCUCUUACAUUUCAUUUCACUUUUCUAGUUUAGUUUUUCAGUUUUAGUUAUUGGUCCUGUGGAAUGCCAUCUUUCCACUUCUCUAUCAAUUCCAUUCAUUGUUAAGCAUGUUAAAGCCCCUUCACCUUGCCUUAAGUGUUGUCCUUCACAACUAGGCUGUGUUUCACUGAUGAGCAUCCUCAGCUCACCUGCUUUCCAGUUGGGAAAAAGCAGGGACCCUCCGCCAUGCGAUGAGUAGGAACGGAGUAAAAGUAAUCUUCACAAUUUGAAUCUACUGUUACUAGAAUGGCCAAUAAGCAUAGCGGUGUCUGAAUAAGGAACAUUGACAUUACAUGUUUUACAAAAGAGAGAAGGUGCAUAUGCUACUUGGAAUGUUCUUUGAACCUUUGGAAAGUAGAUCGGGAUGCUCUUGGAUGAGAUGCAGCCCAAGUUUGCUGAAUUCUUUCAGGCUGUAGGAUCUACUGUGAGGAACAGAAUAAUUCAAGUCUGGACUCCUCAUUCUUUUUAUCCUUUUUACAUUUAACACACAUUGAAAUAGAAAUAGGAGAAAUAAAUUAGUGAAAGCUAAUUUUCCAAUUCUGUUGAAUAGAUUUAGCCAAAUAGCUUAUUUUCUUAGUGCUGUUGAAAGCCGUAAAACAAACAGUAGGUAAAAGAGAAUAACAACUUUUGGCAAAUUUAAUUGAUGGCCUAAUCAGAUUGCAAAUAUAAAUGUAAGUUUUGAGCACCUUAAUUGGUGUCACACGUUGACUUUUAGUUUUUUAAUGUUUUUAUUAUAUUACUUCUUUUAUAUCUAAGUAACUAAAGGAUUUUGAAGGAGAGCUAGAGAAAGUUUAAGUUUGUACUGCAUGUAUUCCACCUGCCUAGUUAUGUUCUAAACUGACAUUGAAACAUGACAAGGUAUAGAUUAUAGUCCAUAACUACCCUUGGCAGUUCACAGUUUAAGAACAAAUUUGACUUUAUAUACAGAUAAUAAUUCAAUGUUAACUAUUUCUAUUUAGUUGUUGCUUGACAACAAAACCACAACAUGGCUACCUGUAGGCACAUUUUGUGUGUGUGUGAACAUUUUACUUGUAAAUUCAACAUGGUUUUUGACAGUGUGAGUUUGUAGAAGAUACAGCUCCAAACUCUCAACACAAUAUAUUUGUAGGGGAUUUUUUGUUGUUGUUGUUGGUUUUUAAAUCCCAAAGUCCCAUGUGAAAGCUGAAUUUGUGUCCUUGUGUGGCUUUUUUUGUCAAAAAAGUUUACAACACAUGGAUUCUAGAGUCAGGUUGUAUAGCUUAUAGAAUUUGUUGUGUGGCUAGGGUUAUUCCACAGUAUCCAGACGUCAAACACAAUCAUUUAUUUAUUCACAGUUACACUCUUCAAGUAGCAUAGAUGUAGCUGCAAAAGUUCUGUUUUCAAGCAUGACAUAUCUACACAAAUAUAUCUAAAUUAAGAUUGACCCAUUGUGUGAAAAGAACUCAUUUCUAAAACCACACAUUAAGAUACUGUGGAACAACCCCUUAACAGUGUUGAAGAGGAAAAAUGCUGCAGUUCCCGAUUGCCUCAGUUUGGGUGCGAAUGUGUGAGACACCUUUUUUGCACUUAUGUACAUAGUCCAUGAAAGCAGUUCUCAGAGCUUUGGUUGAAGAUAAGAAGUCUGUGAGAGGAGUGGAAAGUUAGUACGAGUUCUAAAGCUGUGAGAAGGAAGGAUUUCUUUUCUAUAAGACUUACUUAACAUAUAAUAUUACUUUGCUGUUGUGAAGUUUGUCUUGUUUGUAACAGCUCACCAAAAUACAAAAACAAGCAAACAAACAAAAAACCGAGACUUAUAACAGGCCAACCUUAGCACAUAGCACCGAACAAAAGUAACACUACGUCAUCCUGGAGCAAGACCAAGCAAAGAUUGUUUGCUCUUUUAAUUAAUUCUCACUCUAAACACACACACACACACACACACACACACCCAACACACACACAGAGGCAGGUUUCUGAUGGAGGUUUUCUUUUUGCAAUGGAAUGCACUAAAAAUUACAAGACAAAUAUCCCCAUUAGAGUCAAAUCCAAUUUCCUCUUUCAUGGAAAAUUAUCAGUUUGUGUAUUGUUACUCAUUAGUAUGCAUAUCGAAAACUAUAAUUGACAAUCAAAUUGCUAAUGUUGAUCGUGGUUCCUCCUUUAAAAUCCAGAAUUCAAAACCAAUUUGGGAACCACAGAAAGAUUUCACUUUUAACAAUUGAGUAAGGCCAGCAUUGGACAUUUCAUUACCUUUAACCAAUGGGGAAAAUGCUCCUGUCAUAACUUUAUAAAUGGCUUGACUUGCACUAUUGAUAUUAUACCUGUUUGGUGAAGGCUGUUUUCAGACUUACAUAUCUGAAAGCGUUUCACUGUGCCACUUUAGCCACCCACUGCUCAGCUGUAACGAAACAUAAGAAAAGCAGCCAGCCACAUGCUUGGACAGAGUGGGCGUUGGAAGAGAAUGCUUCAGUCAGACCCUCUCUGCCAAUUUUAGCUCCCACAUCACUCACAGAUGGCCACUUAGCUUUCUUGUGGCCCCUACGUAAUACAAUAUGGCCUAAAAAAAGCCAAGGUUCAAAAGGCUUAAGGGUCAAUUACUGUUCCUACAGGGACUUUGAGUCCUUCAUAUUUCAGGUAGUAGCCCUAGAAACGUUGCUGGAAGACUUAACUAAAAUAUAGAGAGAACCCAUCCGGGACUGGUUGGUAUUAGUAUUGCUACAUAUUUUGGCAGUUCUUACUAUAAAGACAGGAAAAUAAACUAAUGCCAGAAGGCAAUCCUAGCCGUACAGUUGUCCAGUAGCUCAGGGCCAGUUGGCUAGAAAAUCUUUUGAUUUUUUUAUUCCCUUAACCAUACAGUAAACAGUCUGACCAUCUGAUCAGCAUAUAUAAAAAAUAUAUCUUGAUGUAAAAUUUAAGUACAUCAGCCUUAUUGUCAACAUAUUUUCCCAAUUUAGCUCAUGUUCUUGUGUUGACAUAUCUUUGUGAUUGUGUAAGCCACAGAAUAGACUUCUAUAAGGUUGAUAGAGAUGUAAGAUUUUAAGAAAGAUUCAUCUGUAAUAUCAUCAAAAUGAACCUAGAAAGGGUGAACUUUAUAGAUUUAUAUUAAAGUAAUAUGUUACAGUGUUGAAAAUGGAAGUUCACAUUUUGGGUAGAAAAAAACCUGAUUUUUAAAACACCUAUCAGUAAGAGAAGGCGUCCUGGUGGUGCAGGGAUUGAAGCUCGACUGUUCACCUGAAGUUCGGAGCUUAAGACCCACUAGCAGCUCUGCGAAAGACAGAUUCCUUCCUGUCUCUGUAACAAUGACAACCUUGGACUGUUGUACUCUAUCACAUGGGUUUGCUACGAGCCAGAACCGGCUUAAUGGCACACACAACACUACAGUAGAUAAGAAAAUGAUUAGCUCAAUACAAUGAUUAUAGAUUUAAAUAAUAACCUGAAUAGUUCAUAAGUAUAAACUAUCCCAUAUUUAGUUCAUACAUGUAAACUAUCCCCAUAUAUUGUCUCCCAAAUGCCUCAUUCCCUCAAUUGCUAUUAUUAAAGUAGAUGCUUUGAUUUUGUUUUGUUUCUAUUUCCCCAAGUUAAAGUAAUAUAGUGUUUGUGUUUAGAAUGUCUGCACAAUGUAACUCAUUUUAGUAUGCUGCAUCUAUGUUGCUUGGUUUUUGUUCUUUUAAUAAAAUAUGUAAAUUUC